AUGUUCAGUCGAAGACUAAGUGAUAUAAAAAGAUUAAAUACUAUAACAAAAGAUCAAACAAUAAAUCCACAACUUGUUCAAGAUUCACCAGUUAAUGAACAAACUUUAGCCGCAGGCACCCCAAAUCAAGAAAUUGUUGAAGAUUCAAGUUUUGUUAAAGUUCCAAAAGAAGAAGCUGAAAAAAUUGAUCAACAAAUUAUUGAUAUUUUAUUUAAUAAUGGAUCAUCAAAUGAAUUAAAUUCUAAAUUAGCACAAAAUAAAAAAUUAAAAAAUGAAUUACAAAAAUUAUUUGAUGAUUUAGUUAAUGAUAAAUUUUUACCAGAAAAAUCUGUUCAAGUUCAAAAAGGUCCAAAUAAAGAUUUCCCAUAUUUAAUACCUUCCACCAAGGAAGAAUCUUAUACAAAUCAAGAAUUAUAUUUACGUCGUCAACAUUCUAAAUCAAAUGUUGAUCAAUUAGGUUCUAAUUUAAAAAAUGUUUAUUUACCACAUCAUGAUGUUUUUUAUCCGGCAACUAUUAAAGAUGUUUCAAUUUCAAAAUUAUUAGCUGCAGGUGUUCAUUUAGGUCAAUCAACUUCAUUAUAUAGAUCAUCAAAUCAACCAUUUAUCCUUGGUUCAUAUAAAGGAAUCCAUAUUAUUGAUUUAGAACAAACUUUAACAUAUUUACGUCGUGCUUCCAAGAUUAUUGAAGGAGUUUCAGAACGUGGUGGUAUUAUCUUGUAUGUUGGUACAAGAGAAAAUUUAAGAAGACCUUUAGAAUUAGCUGCAAAAAGAUCAAAUGGUUAUUACGUGGCAACAAGAUGGGUUCCUGGUACUAUAACAAAUUGUACAGAAAUUUCAACUUGGUCACGUCAUGAAGUUGAUUUAUUAAAUUCUCCAACAAAUCGUUCAUUAAAUGCAGAUGAAGAAAAAGCCAUUGUUAAACCUGAUUUAGUUGUUAUUUUAAAUCCAACUGAAAAUAGAGUCUUGGUUAAUGAAUGUAUACAAUCAAGAAUUCCAACAAUUGGAUUAAUUGAUACUGAUUCAGAGGCAAGUCUUGUUACUUAUCCAAUUCCAGGUAAUGAUGAUUCAGUUCGUUCAAUAAGUUUAAUUGUUGGUAUUUUAUCAAAAGCUGCAGAAAUGGGUGCAAAGAAACGUAUUAAUAAGAUUGAAAAUUAUAAAAAAAAUCAACAAGAUUUUGAAAAAAGAUUAAAAGAUAAACAAAAGGGUAAAUCACCAAAAGAAAUUGAAUCAAAUUAG